GUUUACUUCAGGUUCUGGUAUUCCUCCACGCGUUUUAUUCAUUCAAAUCAAAGCAACAAACAAAAGCGAAAGAAGUAACCAAAACUAACUCAUAACACAAACAACCAAGAAUCGAAGACUUUCUGCUUUCCGUUAUUCUUUUUCUGACGCUUUUCGUGGAUAAGCACCGCCGCCGCACCAUCACCGCAAGCUUAAUCUCCGGUCACCACCCUCCGAUUCGUGAAUUCGCUUUUACCCGGAAAUGAAUCCCGAAUAUGAUUAUCUGUUCAAGCUCCUUCUUAUUGGAGACUCGGGUGUUGGAAAAUCAUGUCUUCUUCUGAGAUUUGCCGAUGAUUCAUACAUUGAGAGCUACAUAAGCACCAUUGGAGUUGAUUUUAAAAUACGUACUGUUGAGCAGGAUGGAAAAACCAUUAAACUCCAAAUUUGGGACACAGCUGGCCAAGAACGAUUCAGGACAAUCACCAGUAGCUACUACCGCGGGGCACAUGGCAUCAUUAUUGUUUAUGAUGUGACAGACGAAGAGAGCUUCAACAAUGUGAAGCAGUGGCUCAGUGAAAUCGACCGUUACGCCAGUGAUAAUGUUAACAAACUUUUGGUUGGCAACAAGUGUGAUCUGACAUCAAACAGAGCUGUGUCAUAUGAAACAGCCAAAGCAUUCGCAGAUGAAAUAGGCAUUCCUUUCAUGGAAACAAGUGCAAAAGAUGCUACAAAUGUUGAACAGGCAUUCAUGGCCAUGUCUGCUUCCAUCAAGACAAGAAUGGCAAGCCAACCUGCAAACAAUGCAAGGCCUCCAACAGUGCAGAUCAGAGGACAGCCAGUUCAGCAGAGCAGUGGUUGCUGCUCAUCCUAACUACAAAAAGGGUUAUUUAGAUCCAUUUCAUUUUCUCUGCUUCUCACCCUCCAUUGUAUUGUUUGUAAGAUUUUUUCCCUUUCUUUCUAAUUUUUCUUAAUAGUGGACCAAUUUCAGAAUUCGUUUGUGGUUUGGAAUUGACCUAGAUGAUCCAAUUCUUUAAAUAUACUUGAAAAUGA